CCAGGAGAACGAAACCAAGUACCCACACAGGUCGCACCCUAUUUUCACGUGAGAGACGAGUUAUCCAUUCAAGACGGAGUUAUCUACCGCGGUCAGCGAAUUGUCAUUCCAACCAGUUUGCGGAAUGACAUCAAGCACAAGCUACAUGCUUCACACCAAGGCAUCGAAUCUUGCCUGCGAAGAGCACGUGAAACAGUAUUUUGGCCUGGAAUGUCCGCCGAAGUGAAAGAGCUUAUUGCGACUUGUGAAACUUGUCGGAAAUUCGAAACCAGCAACCCAAAAGAGCCACUGAUGCCUCAUGACGUACCAAGCAGACCAUGGAAGCAAGUCGGAGUUGACUUAUUCGAACUGAACAAGAAAGACUUGAUGGUGACCGUUGAUUACUACAGCAAUUUCUGUGAAGUUGAUCGUCUCACUAGUAUUACUUCCGCAGCCGUUGUCCUGAAACUAAAAAGCCAUUUCGCCAGGCAUGGAUGCCCAGACCGAAUGAUCAGCGACAAUGGUCCGCAGUUCGUUUCGUCAGAAUUAAAAAAAUUCUCCAAAGAAUGGGAUUUCGAGCAGAGAACAAGCAGUCCAGGAAACUGCAAAGGCAAUGGAAAUUUAAAGUCGAGUCUGCCGUCAAAACCGCAAAAAACCUGA